UGGAAAUAACAUUAAAGAGUUUGCUCUAUGCAAUAAUUGUGUUGAAACGGAUAGAAUAAAGAGGAGAGAAAAAUGGCAUAGAGACAUAUUGCCUGAUGAAAGAAAUAUUUCGAUGCCCACUGAUGAUAAAUAUGAAGAACUAGAUGACAAUGUUAGUUUUUCAAUAAUCGUAGAAAUUGAAAAUGAAAUGGUGGAUCAAGAAAUUUUAUCUUUAGAACCUGGUCAAGAUAUAGAAAAUAAAAAAUUUUGCACUCUAGCAAAAACUCAAUAUAUAGGGUGCACAACAGCUCGUUUAUGUUGUCUCAAAG